AUGCCCAACACCAACUCACCACGAGAUUUCCACCACCCAUACACGCCCUACGAUAUCCAAAAUGAGUUCAUGGACGCUGUCUACACGUGUCUGGAAGAAGGCAAAGUCGGCAUCUUCGAGUCGCCGACCGGAACCGGUAAAUCGCUGAGCUUGAUAUGUGGCUCCAUGACUUGGCUACGCGAUCAUAAGCGACGGACGUUCGAAGAAGGCUUCACGGUAGAUGCGGCGAACGCAGCGAAUAGUGAGGAGCCUUCUUGGAUUGUUGAACACGCACAGAAGCAGCGGAAGCAGGAGGCGCUGAGGCGGAAGCAGGAUCUUAAUGACCGGAUUGCUAAGAUUAAAGCGAAAGAGAAGCGUGCGAAGGAACGGUAUGAGAGCGGCGAGCCCAAGUAUAAGAGACAGAAGACUGCGGCAGGCGACAUCGAGAAUGACGAUGAAGCCCAAUUCGCUUUGGAUGAUUACGAAAGCGACGAGGAGUCUCACAAACGAGCAAGAGCCGGCGCGUUCGAUGAGUCUGGACUGUCGGCAGAAACCCAGGCUUUGAUGGCGUCACUUGGGUACAGCGCCGAUGCAUCAAAAGAUGACGACGGAGAGGCGCCUGACGAGACGAAAAUAUUCUUCUGCUCGCGAACACACUCUCAGUUGACGCAAUUCUCGAGCGAGCUGGGUCGCGUGAAGAUGCCCCCCGCCAUCGCCCCUGACGAGAAUGUAAGCGGUGGUGAAAUAGACACGCUUGUAGAAGACGUGAAGCACCUUACUCUUGGAUCAAGGAAGAACCUCUGCAUCAACAGUAAAGUCAACAAGCUCGGUAGCGCCACGGCCAUCAACGAACGAUGUCUGGAGCUACAGCAAAACAGCAAGACUGAAAGCCGGUGUCCGCAUAUGCCGACCAAGGAAAGCGAGCCGUUGGUCAAUGACUUCCGUGACCAUGCGCUUGCGAAGAUUAGAGAUAUCGAGGACUUGGGGGUGUUGGGUAAGAAGCUGGGUGCUCAGAUCGUAACGCUACCCUAUCCGCUACUCCUCCAGCGUACAGCUCGUGAAGCACUUGGCCUCUCCCUCAAAAACCACAUCGUCAUCAUCGACGAAGCGCACAACUUGAUGGACGCCAUCGCAGGCAUCUAUUCCGUAUCCGUGACCCUCGAACAAGUACAACAAGCGCGUGCCCAACUCACAGCCUACCUCCAGAAGUUCCGGAACAAGCUCAAAGGGAAGAAUCGCGUGUAUGUUGCCCAGACAGUCCGUAUCUUGGACUCUAUCAUCGCGUAUCUGCAGUCCAUCGAUGCCAACGCGAAAGCGGCAGACGGCUUGGCAGACAUGGCUGCGAUCAUGUCUGGGAAAGGUGUUGAUCAGAUCAAUAUCUACAAGCUUAACACGUAUCUCCAAGAAAGCAGACUGGCGCGUAAAGUAGACGGAUACACCGUGUUCGCCGAGCAAGCGGAGAGUGGAAGCGCGCAGAAGUCAAUUGCAAAGUCGGCCAGGAAUGGUCCGCGACAUACUGUGCCAGUCCUGAUGAACGUGCAAGCCUUCCUCCUGUCAUUGAUGAACCCAUCCAGCGAAGGCCGCUUCUUCUACGCAAAAGAAGAAGUCUCAGGCACCACGCUACGAUACAUGCUCCUGGACCCAACCUACCACUUCAAAGACAUUGUCGAAGAAGCCAGGGCAGUCGUACUAGCCGGCGGCACCAUGUCACCAAUGAGCGACUACGAGCAGCAUCUGCUAUCGUACCUGGAUCCCUCAAAGAUCAUGACACUAUCCUGCGGCCACGUCAUUCCGCCCGCGAACCUCCUCGCUGCACCCAUCGUAAGAGCAGCAAGCGGCGCUGAAUUCGACUUCACCUUCGAGAACCGCAACAAAGAGAAUACGAUGAUCGAUCUCGGCAACGCCAUCUUGACAUUCGCGCAGCACAUCCCCGAUGGCGUAGUCGUCUUCUUCCCCAGCUACUCCUUCCUCGACGCCUGCAUCGUCGCGUGGAAGCGCAUUAAGCCCACACCUUUAACAUCAACAUCCACUUUCUGGGACAGCUUCACCCAAACAAAACCCGUUUUCCUUGAGCAGCGCAGCCAGCAACAGCCGUCUAACCAACCACCACCAUCCAAAGAGGCAACCGCAGACUCCGUCCUCACAGCCUACAGCGCAGCAAUUGCAUCAGGAAAAGGCCGCGGCGCCCUCCUCUUCGCUGUAAUCGGCGGCACCCUCUCCGAAGGCAUCAAUUUCAGCGACGCACUCGGCCGCGGCGUCGUUGUCGUUGGUCUCCCGUUUCCUAAUCCACACUCUGCGGAAUGGAAGGCGAAGAUGCAGUAUAUUUCCGCCAAAACACAAGCGAAAAGCGGCGGUGGUAGUGAUGGCAAGGCAGCUGCGCGCGAGUUCUACGAGAACGUCUGUAUGCGCGCUGUUAAUCAGUGUGUGGGCAGGGCGAUUCGUCAUAAAGGUGAUUAUGCGGCGAUUCUGAUGUUGGAUAGGAGGUAUGGGAGUAGGCGGGUUCAGGAUAAGUUGCCGAAGUGGAUUCGGGGGAGUUUGACGGGCGGGUUGGGGGUCGGGGAUAUUGGGGGGAGGUUAGAUAGGUUCUUUAAAGGUAGGGCUUAG